AUGAGUUAUCAACAAAGCAGUUUUGCAACACAACCCUCAUUGUUGCAUCAACAACAUGAUGAUAAAAAUGAUAAAUCAUCAAUUAUUUAUAUCGGAAAUGAUGAUAAAGAAAUAAUAUUAUCGCUAUACAAUAGUGAUACGACAAAGGUUUUAGAAUUUUUUUUCCCAACUUAUGAUGAUAAUUCGAAACAUGAUAGUGAUGAAGAAUUUGCGAUAUACGCAUGCUUACGAGGACUUAUAAAAUCCAAAUUGAUAUCACCAAUUCAAAAACAUGAUUAUGCUGCACUUGUAUCAUAUGCUGUACCAUAUUUUUCACGAAAUCGAGCAUAUCACAUUUAUCGAACACCAAUAAUAUUUAAG